GUUGAUCGCGUUCCCUGUUCAACGCGAGGAUAUGUGCGUCAAACAUGUGUGUAAAACAUGUGCGCCAGAAAUGCGCAGAGAUAUUCAGAAUGCAAACCUUUGUUUCACGAUAAGAAAAACAGACAAGAUAACCCUCGAAAGCUGUGAAACAAGCGACAUUGAGAAUAAGCUAGGCCUUCCAGCUGCCUUUCUUCGCAGACUCACAAUGCUUUACAUUGCCAUUAUCGUUUCAAAUAGUGCAUUUGGAGGGAUGAAAAAGCAUUCGUGAGAACAAGGAAAGCUGGCGAAAUCGUGUUUCGAGGAAGCAACCGCGAAGUAUAUAAUCUGUUGACAGACAUUAACCAGCGUUCAUCCUCUUAUAUCUUGAAUAUUUCACUCAUAAUAAGGCUCGUUAUCUUGAUUGCCCAUCAUUUCUUUUUGCGGAUUCGUGAUUCUACAAUGUGCGCAAUUACGCGAAUCACUAUGUAAAGAGAUUAUAGUACAAUAAACUAUGCACGAAUGAUCGAUUCUAUCUACGAUUCCGAAAGACUUCCGCAGUUACUUAGCGAAAACAGGUGCGAUCGGAAUGAUCCUCACUGUCCUGUGUAUCCUCGCGCUGUCACUCAGCAAUGACGUAACCGCGUCAUUUCGCGUUGAAGAUGUUAUCGUAAGAUUUAUCGUAAACGCGACGCCCGUUCUGUUCCCACCUUCGAGAGUGUCUCUACAACUGUGCAUCAACUAUGAUGACACUAUCAAAUUAUCGAGAAUAUUGUCGAGCAAUUAUUUGACGCAUACUAUUCAUAAUGUCUACGAAGAAUUUGAGCCAAAAAUUUACAAUGAUUUAGAGCAUAGAAAUUUGUAUGUGUUAGAUUUGGAUUGCGAUUAUGCCACUGAUAUUUUACGACAGGCACAUUCGAAAAGAAUGUUUGUUGCCCCGACGAAAUGGCUACUUUUUCAAGAUCGAAAAAUCACAAUUGAUAACGACGAUAACGCCAAUUUAACUUUUGUAUACGAUGACUCUAUAUUGGAAAUCUUCGAGGACUUGGCGAUUUAUCCUGACAGUGACGUGAUUCUCAUGCGAAGAUUUGACGACUUUUUUGAAUUAUUGUCCGUAUAUCGACCAAGUCCACAGAGAGGAGUGAUAUGGGAAAAUCGUGGAAAUUGGACGAUCAAGAACGGUUUACAAAUGAGGACGCUCGAUGUGGCUUCGGCACGAAGAAAAAAUCUUCAACAGACGGCUCUUAAAUCAUGUAUCGUGAUGACAGAUCCUAAUACGAUCAAUCAUCUAACCGACUUCAAGGAUAAAACUAUAGAUCCUGUUACAAAAGCUAAUUAUCCUUGGAUACUACAUAUAGUGAACCGAAUGAACGCAACGAUAAGUUUUGAAGUCACGAAUAGUUGGGGAUAUCGCACUGAGAACGGUUCCUGGAAUGGAAUGAUCGGAAUGUUGGAACGGCGUGAAAUAGAUAUCGGCGGUACCGGCACAUUUUUCGUGUCGGAACGUAUCGGUGUUGUACAAUACAUCCAAUUGUAUACACAUACUUGCUCGCGCUUCGUAUUUCGACGACCUUUACUAUCGACUGUAAGCAACAUAUUUAUUCUACCAUUUCAACAAAACGUCUGGAUAGCAAUUGCAGUAUUUCUUAUCUUGGUCUUCUGUUUGCUCCACUUAUCCAUUAAAUGGGAAUAUUAUCGCGAUAGACUGACAGAAUCGGCAACCUACUGGAAUCAAUUAAAUCCCAACAAGCCAACGGUCAGCGAUAAUAUUCUCAUUCUUUUAGGCGCAUUUGCUCAGCAAGGAUAUUCGUACGAGCCCUACAGAGUUUCGUCUCGAAUCGUCACUCUUAUGUUAUUAUUGGCCUCGCUGAGUCUCUAUGCGGCUUAUACAGCGAAUAUCGUAGGUCUGUUGCAAUCUACUACGGAUUCUAUUCAAACUGUUUCGGAUCUCCUAAAUAGCCCUUUAAAAUUGGGUGCGCAAGACGUAGUGUACAAUAGGUAUUAUUUUAAGUCUUUUCAAGAUCCUAUUAGGAAAGCAGUCCUGGAGCAACGAAUCGAGCCAAAAGGACACAAAUCUAACUGGAUGUCCAUAGAAGAAGGUGUACGUCGCGUAAAAAAUGAACUCUUCGCAUUUCAAGGUGAAAUCGGUACGGUUUACCAAUUGAUGCAAGACACAUACUUGGAAGAGGAGAAGUGCGGUUUGACUGAGAUCGAUUUCCUGAAAAUUUUAUAUCCACUCCUCGUGAUACAAGUGCGAUCACCCUAUUCAGAGAUAAUAAAAACUGGAGCUCUAAAAUUACGAGAAUAUGGACUUAAAUAUCGCGAAGAGUAUCGUUUGUAUACGAGGAAACCAGUGUGCUCGAGUCACACUAGCUUCAUCACUAUCGGUUUCACGGAAUGUUACUUUGCACUGGUCACAAUGGGUUAUGGAAUACUUUUCGCUAUAAUUGUGUUUGCAUUCGAGUUGUUGUGGCAUAAGAGGCAAACAAUGCGCGCAACAAAAGAGAUGUCAAAUACAGAAAUCAAUACUGUGGAAUAUCUUGAUUAAAUGUCUUUAAAAAUGUACAUUGUUUUGAAAGAAAUCAGUUGAUUUUGCUAAACUUUCUGCCGCACUAAAGCUAAUCAAAGUAUGAACUUCACAAAAAAUUUUAUUACAGAGAUUUUAUUAAUUAUUUUGUUGGAUGUAUUCUUUAGCAAUAAGUUGAAUUGUGAGUCGAUGAUUUUAAUAUAUCGUCAUUUAAUAUAUUGUAAAAUAAUUAUCAAAUACUCGUGGGUAUUCCAAACCAAUGUAUAAAGAUUAUUACGAUGAGGUAGAAGAAAUCGAGUUAAAUCAAAAAGUUUAAUACCAUUUUGCGAUAUUUGCAAUAAUUUUCGAGUAAUAAAAUAUUAAAGUCAGACGAAUAAAAGCGCGCAAAGAGACAAGCCAUUGGUCGCUGAGCCGUAGGACCGCCCACCGCGGCGCGACUGUGGCUACGGUAAGUGGCGCGCGGUGAGGGAAAGCUUAGCUUGGCACCACACCGCUCCCUCAUGCCCCCACACCGAGCCGAGGCUCGCGGUUUUAUGGCUCAGGCGAGCGACCGCUUGUCUCUCCGCGCGCUCUUAUUCGUCUGAUUUUAAUAUUUUAUUACUCAAAAAUUAUUGCAAAUAUCGCAAAAUGGUAUUAAAAUUUUUGAUUU